GAGAGCCAAGGAGGAUAGUGUGACAGUCUGGCUGGAUACCUAUCCAACACCGUGCGUAAAAGAUAUUUUGGAAAGACGCUUGGAUAUCCAAAAGUAGCUUUUUAAAUGACCUGCGGCAUAAACCGAUCACAGACGGAAACACAUCGCAUUUGAAGACAAGCGAAAAUGUGCAUCGGUUCAAGAUUGGUGAUUUCUGACUGACUUUUUUUUUUAACGCCUGAAAACCAGAAGUUUUCUGCUCGAUGAGAACCUCGCGCGGCCCUGCUUGACCAGCCUCGGACGGCCCGGAGUCGCCAAAACCACAGGUCAAACAGUUAUUUAUCUUUUGAAUAGAUUCUAGCCAUGUGUGCAUUCAGUAGUUGGAGAUAAAGCUGCAGCAAAAAAAGUCUGGUGUGGUUGUAAGGGGGAGAGGGAGAGUGUGUCUGUGCGCGCUCUCGCUCAGCAAAGCCUCACCGGACCACAGGAGGAGGAAAUCUGGGGGAGAGAGGGGGGAAGAGAAGCGGCGUCUCCAAGGAUGACUUUAGGGACGGAUAUGUCCGACAGCUCUGCAUUGUCCGAAGAUGUGGACAUCGAUGUGGUCGGGGGUGACAUAUCCGUCGGGAAGGACGGGAAGUACAUUCACCACGAGUUCAACUUGGACAAUGACUCGGACGACAAUUACUCCCAGAACGCGGCCGAGAGAGGUUCCUCUCCCGGGCUCAGCAGCUCCGACUGCCCGUCGGACCAGAUGGGGUCCAGCGCAGAGGCCGGGACCGUGAUUGGAGACAAACCCAGAAAAAGUGCACUUGUGAAGCCCCCUUACUCUUACAUCGCCCUUAUCACCAUGGCCAUCCUGCAGAGCCCCAAGAAGCGCCUCACUCUCAGCGAGAUCUGCGAGUUCAUCAGCAACAGAUUCCCUUAUUACCGGGAGAAAUUCCCCGCGUGGCAAAACUCGAUUCGCCACAACCUUUCCCUAAACGACUGCUUCGUGAAAAUCCCGCGGGAGCCCGGCAACCCCGGAAAGGGCAACUACUGGACCCUCGACCCGGAUUCCGCAGACAUGUUUGACAACGGGAGCUUCUUGCGCAGGAGGAAGCGCUUCAAGAGGCAUCAAACCAACGAAAUCCUCAGGGACUCCGGUGGCUUCCUACCCGGCUUUGGAUACGGCCCGUACGGAUACAACUAUGGACUUCAGCUGCAGAACUUCCACGCAGCCCACAACCCGUAUCACCCGCACCACACAGGUGGUUCGUUCCCGUUCCCCAACGCCCCCUGCACCUUGCCCUCAUCAGCCUCCAUAUUCCCCGCGCCGCAUCCCCUGCCCUCCCUUUUAGGGACCGAUUUAAGAAAGCCCUUUUACCCUCAGCUGAGCCCGUCUCUGCCGCCCCUCAAGACGGACUCCAGCGCCCCGAGUCGGCCUUCGUUCUCCAUUGACAAUAUCAUCGGCGCGGCCAACUCCACCGCCUCUUCCUACAGCGCGCAGCCAGGCAGCCAGGCGCAGAUCCUGGCCAUGCUGACCCCGGCACUGGCCUCCGCUUCCAGUCAUUUGAACCUAUCACAGGACAGCAUAUUACAGCCUGGGCCGCAAGGUCAGACUUUUUCCAGCAAAACCCCGAACAUGAACACUUGUCCUUUCUAAAACAAACAAACAAACAAACAAAAACGCAGAAAAUCUUUUAUCAAAAAGCCAAUUGUGGCGUCGUCCUAUGUGAAGGUAGGCUGAACAUUCUUGCUGAAAUAAGAGUGUUUAAGCUUUCCCCCCAGUUUCCUGCCAAUGUAAGAGGAGAGAAAGGUUUAUUUAUGGUUUGUAAAUAUGUGUAUAAUAUUGAGAGACAAAGGGAAGAGAAACUCUGAGAGGGAUCCUUUAAAAAAAAGAAAGAAAGAAAGAAAGAAAGAAAGAAAACAACGCUGGCCUGCAAUCUGGCAUGUGACCUCCAUUUGUCAGUGGGAGGAAAAGAAAAGGAUCCUGUUAUUUUAUAAGUUAAAAGGUGUCACCCACAGCUACGGGGAUGCUGUAGGAUUUCUUUUUUUUAAAUUUAAUUGAGAAUUUUAUUAUGAUUUAUAUUGUUUUUAUUUCGUGCGUCGUGAGAAAAUGGCACUGUUGUUGACAUAGGCUGACAAGAGACGGCAAACUCAGGUUUUACUUAUAGAAAGCACAUGGAAAUAAAAAAAAAAAGAGAAAGACAGAGAGAGAGAGAGAGAGAGAGAGAGAGAGAAAGGGUGUUUGUAUGGGAGGGGGGGUCCUGACACAAAAAUUUCCCACCAUCACACUCUCCCCUCUUCCCACCCUUCAAAUCUCCUCUUCAAGGUGAAUUUGUGACAAUAUCAUUUCAUGUUGUUGGACACGUAGGCUAUGUGUUUUUUGAUUUUUUUGUGUCAAGAAGAAGAAGGAGAAAAAAAAGAUCGCAUUACCUCUCUCAACCUUUUUAAUUGUUGUUCGUUCCUAUCUAUUUCACAAUCUAAUCUGUGAGACAUACAGUAUGUCAUGUGUUGCCAUUAGAGAGAGAAAGAGAGAGAGACACCUAAAUGUUCAUAGGUCAUUUUUUUUGUUGUAAUGACAAGAAUAAUAAAUGUUUGUGAAUUUGAAAAGGAAAAUCGUUAAUUUUUUUUUAUUGCAUAGAAAGUUGAUGUGUCAGAGAUAAAAAAUCUUAACAGC